CCGAUCACUAAAAAUAUGGAAGGGAAUGAAAAUGGCCAGGCACAAGGCACCGGUGCAGUAGCUGGAGUCUUCCUGGAGAAGACAAAGCAGAAGAUAACAAUAUAUCAGGCCAUGAAGAAACGUCUACUGAAGCCUGGCACAGCAUUGGCCCUGUUGGAGGCCCAGGCUGCCACUGAGGGAAUCAUAGACCUUAUCAACAACCGGAAACUUCCAGUAGAAGAUGCUGUCAAGGAAGGAAUAAUUGGACCUGAGAUGAGAGAAAAACUCCUUGUUGCUGAGAGAGCCAUUGAUGGUUACAUAGAUCCUUAUACAAAUGAAAAAAUGUCUGUAUUUCAAGCCAUACAAAAGGAUGUGAUUCCAAAAAAUUACGGAUCACGGUUGCUUGAGGCACAGAUAUCCACAAAAGGCCUAUUUGACCCAGUUGAAAAAAAACAUGUUUCAGUGUACUCAGCGAUUGAGAAGGGACACUAUGAAAAAGGUUUACUCUCUGACCAGAUGGAAGACCUUAAAGUUUUCUAUGAUCCAAACUCACAAGAAAAUCUUAACUACUCACAUCUGAUAGAGAAAUGCGUAGUGGAUCCUGACACUGGCUUACUGCUGCUCCCAGUAUGCAUCACCUUCAAAGGCCUGCGAAGGGGGGUGUCCUCCACUGAGCUCCUGGCAGCAAACAUCAUUGACAAAGAGACCUAUGACGACCUGCAGGAAGGCAAAACAACCACUCAGGAUGUGAUGCUCAUGGAGACUGUGAAAGAGUACCUGGAAGGUAAAGGAGGUAUCUCUGGUGUAGCUAUGCUCUCGUCCAAUCAGAGAAUGAGUAUCUAUCAAGCCAUGAAGAAGGGCAUUCUUAUGCCUGGAACAGCUCUAGUUCUUCUUGAGGCACAGGCUGCCACUGGUUUUAUGAUUGACCCUGUUCAGAACAAGAAAUUCAGCGUGGACGAGGCUAUUAAAAACAAAGUUGUGGGCCCUGACUACCAUGCUAAACUGCUUUCGGCUGAGCGGGCAGUCACAGGAUACAAAGACCCCUACACAAGUGAAACAAUAUCCCUGUUUCAGGCAUUGUCAAAGGACCUAAUCGUGAAGGAGCAUGGAAUUCGCUUACUGGAAGCUCAAAUCGCCACAGGAGGAAUAAUUGAUCCCAUCAACAGUCACAGACUUCCUGUGGAUGUGGCCUACAAGCGAGGUUUCUUUGAUGAAAACAUGAAUGCAAUACUUGCAGACUCAGGAGAUGACACCAAAGGAUUCUUUGAUCCAAACACAAAGGAAAAUCUGACAUACCUUCAGCUGAUGGGACGAUGUGUCAUCGACCCAGCCACUGGACUCUGCCUGCUUCCUCUUAUGGAACAGUCAGGUGGUCGGAAUCAUAAUUUCAUCGACUAUCAAACCAAACUUAACUUCAAAGAAGUGAGAGUGAGUGUGACUUGUGGGAAGUACAUGGGAAUGAUUGUAUCCCUUUGGGAAUUGCUGAUGUCAGAAUACUUCAACGAACAUCAGAGGAAAGACAUCAUUCGGCAAUACACACAGGGACACCUUACAAUGAAGAUGAUGAUCAGAAAAAUUAUGGAGGUUAUAGAGCAAUCAGUGAAAAGAACCAACGUCGUCUUUGAAGGAAUCCGGGAGACUGUCACAGCAAAGCAGCUGGUAGAGGCAGAUAUCAUUAGUGAGAAUAUCCUGGAGGAACUCAACAAGGGGAAGAAGACAGUGAAGGAGGUCACAGAGGAUGAAACUGUUCAAAUGUACUUACAAGGGAAAGACAGCAUUGCAGGUGUUUUGCUUCCUGAUUCUCAGAUCAUGACAAUCUACCAGGCCAGACAAAAGGGAAAGCUAAUGCCAGGAACUGCACUGAUUCUACUGGAAGCUCAAGCAGCAACAGGCUUCAUCAUUGACCCUAUUGCCAAUAGAAAGUUUUCAGUGGAUGAGGCAGUGAAGGCAAACAUAGUGGGACCUGACCUUCAUGGAAAGCUGCGUUCAGCGGAGAAAGCAGUGACUGGUUACAAAGAUCCAUACACUGGCAAAACCAUCUCUCUGUUCCAAGCCAUGCAGAAAGACCUCAUCUUACAAGACCAUGGAAUUCGUCUGCUGGAGGCACAGAUUGCCACUGGAGGAAUCAUUGACCCUCUUAACAGCCAUCGUAUUCCUGUCCAUGUAGCAUACAAGAGGGGAUAUUUCAAUGAGGAAAUGAAUCAGAUUCUUGAUGAUCCAAGUGAUGACACUAAGGGCUUCUUUGAUCCCAACACUCAUGAAAACCUCACAUACCUGAAGCUCAUGGCUAGGUGUGUCACUGAUCCAAGCACAGGCCUUUGUCUUCUGCCCCUCAAAGGCAAAAGCAACAGGGUCAACAUACAAGAUCACAUAAAGGAGACAUUCCAAGCUACAAAUGUCACUGUUAAGUAUGGCAGGUUCAGCUGCAAGCAUGUAACACUCUGGGAUCUCAUCAACUCUGAAUAUCUGUGUGAGGACAAAAGGCAGGAGUUAUUCAAACUGUACAAGUCAAGGAUGAUCACAAUCAAGGAAAUCAUUGUAAUUAUCCUGGAAAUCAUUGAAUGCAAGGAGAUAAAGUGGCAAGCUGGUCUUAACUUUGAGGGUCUGAGGGGGAAUGUUUCUGUUGUGGACCUUUUGAGGUUGGAAAUUGUGGAUGAAAAGACAUACAAAAGUCUGAUUGAAGGGAAACUGACCAACAAGGAUAUACUGAAGAUAGACACAGUUAGAACCUAUCUGAGAGGAAACAGCUGUGUAGCCGGGGUGAUACUCCAACCCUCCAGUCAAAAACUGAGCAUCUAUGAGGCCAAGAAAAAGGGAAUCCUGACUCCUGGUACUGCGCUAUCUCUUCUGGAAGCGCAAGCUGCCACAGGCUUUAUCAUUGACCCUCUCCAUAACCAGAAACUGACUGUGGAUCAUGCUCUGAAAGAGAAGAUAAUUGGCCCAGAACUGUACGAAAAGCUCUUAUCAGCAGAGAAGGCAGUAACUGGCUACAUAGACCCCUACACUGACAAAAAGAUCUCACUCUUUCAAGCCAUGAAGAAAGAUCUGAUCCUGCAGCAGCAUGGCAUUCGUUUACUUGAAGCCCAGAUUGCAACAGGUGGCAUCAUUGACCCAUUGAAGUGUCUGCAUUUGCCCCUUCAAGUUGCUUACAGAAUGGGAUACUUUGAUGUAGAGCUUAAUCAAAUCCUGACAGAUCCCAGUGAUGACACCAAGGGAUUUUUUGACCCAAGGACACAAGCAAACUUGACCUACAUGGAAAUGAUGGAGCAGUGCAUAAAGGACCCAGAGACGGGUCUGUUUCUUCUGCCACUGAUGGACAAAACUAAAACACAGGAUGAAACUGAAAAAAUGUACUCAGACGCUGAGAUUAAACAGGAGUUUGAAAAGACUACUGUUAGCAUAUCAGUAGGGCGUUAUUCAGGAAAGACGGUCUCUCUUUGGUAUUUGAUUCACUCUGGAUACUUUACUGAUGAUCAGAGACUCCAGUUCCUUGAAAAAUACAGAACAAAGAAGAUAACCAUACAAGUAAUAAUCACUUUGGUCAUUUCUACCAUUACAAAAUUGGAAGAGAACAAAACUCUGAAAACAACAAUAGGUUUGAGAAAGCCGGUCUCUGCAAAACAACUAUUGAAAUCAAGCAUAAUCGAUGCCAAUACCUUCAGGAGUUUGGAGGAAGGAAAAGUAACUCUUGAACAAGUGACCAAACUGGAAUCUGUGAAACAAUACCUAAGGGGUACAGGAAGUGUUGCUGGUGUCCAGAUUCUUCCAUCCAAAAAAGUCAUGAGCAUUUAUGAGGCAAAGACACAAGGUUUGCUAACACCUGGUACUGCACUGAAACUGCUUGAGGCUCAGGCUGCAACAGGGUUUGUCAUCGAUCCAAUCAAGAACAAAUAUCUAUCUGUUGAUGAGGCCGCAAGAGAACGACUAAUUGGACUAGAAAUACAUGAAAAACUACUCUCAGCUGAACGAGCAGUCACUGGAUAUGUAGAUCCAUACACAGAUGACACAAUAUCUUUAUUUGAAGCCAUGAAAAAAGAUCUGAUCGAGAAAGGCCAUGGGAUACAUCUGCUAGAAGCACAAAUUGCAACAGGGGGAAUAAUUGACCCAGUCAACAGCUACAGGAUACCUUCUCAUGUCGCCAAGAAAAAUGGCUACCUUGAUGAAGAAACAAGUGAAGUAAUGUCUAAUCCAAAUGAUGACACAAAAGGAUUCAUUGACCCCAGCACCAAGGAAAACCUAACAUACCUUCAGUUAAGAGAGAGAUGUGAAAAGGAUUCUCAUACAGGACUUUUACUCCUACCAUUACAUGUAGAAGCUGGAGGUGACUUUCACACAGAUGAACAAACAGAGCAGGAAUUCAAAGACAAAAUUGUGGUGAUAAAUGCAGGUAAAUUUGAAGACAAACAAGUGUCAAUGUGGGAUGUGUUAAUCUCUGAAUACAUUUCAAAACUGAAGAGAGAGCAGCUCUUGAAACAGUACAGGACAAGCUCAUUGACAAUGAAAGAGAUAAUAGAAAUAGUCAUCAUAAUAAUACAGGAAGUGACAUCAAAAAAAAUAAAGUUCAAAGGACUGAGGAAGCAGGUAUCAGCAAGUGAGCUUUAUGAGUCACAAAUCAUAUCAAAGGAACUCUUCACUCAGAUUAUCCAUGGAGAAGUUACUGAAGAGACAGUAGGGGAAAUGGAAUCUAUUCAAAAGUACCUUGGGGCAACAAAUUCCAUUGCAGGAGUAAGAAUUGAAUCCACCAAAGAGAUAAUGAGCAUCUAUGAGGCCAAAUCCAAAGGUCUUCUAACUCCUGGAACCUCUCUGGUUCUGCUGGAGGCUCAAGCUGCCACUGGAUUUGUCAUUGACCCAGUGAAGAACAAGAAGCUCUCUGUAGAAGAGGCAGCCGCUCAAGGUGUGGUUGGGAACGAGUGGAAGAACAAACUGCUCUCAGCAGAGAGGGCAGUCACUGGAUACAAGGAUCCCUACACAGGCAACACAAUUUCCUUGUUCCAGGCCUUGAAAAAGGAUCUAAUUGUCAAGGACCAUGGAAUUCGCCUUCUUGAGGCACAGAUUGCAACUGGUGGAAUUAUCGAUCCAGUGUACAGUCAUAGAGUGCCAGUAGAGGUGGCGUACCAGAGAGGAUACUUUGAUGAGGAAAUGAACCAGAUCCUCGAUGACCCUGACGAUGACACCAAGGGCUUUUUUGACCCCAACACACAAGAGAACCUUACCUACCUGCAGCUUGUGGAGAGGUGUGUGACAGACCCAGAUACUGGCCUUAGCUUACUCGUAAUUGUCAAAAAAGGAGAGUUUUACUUCUUCAUUGAUGAGCAAACCAAGAACAUUCUAAAGGCUAUGACAACAACUAAGGCCGGAGGCAAAUUUCAAGGACAGAAAGUAUCUCUAUGGGAUCUCCUCUACUCAAAAUAUAUCACAGAGGAGAGAAGGAGAGAGCUUGUGCAGCAGUAUAAAUCUGGAGCAAUCACUAUUGAACGCUUCAUGGAGAUUAUCCUAGCAAGUAUUCAACAAAAGACUACCACCACAAUAACCACAACAUCUUCAGUGUCAACAUGCACACCACCACCUGACACAAAGUCAGAGAAAACAACCAUUACCACAACAACAACAGAGACAAGCUUCCAUGGUAUCAGGAAGAAUGUCACAGCUGGCGAGCUGCUUGCCUCAAAAAUCAUUGACAAGAGACUCUAUGAAGACCUCAACACAGGAAAAGUCACAGUGAACCAAGUGAGUGAAAUGGACUCAGUACACAAGUACUUGGAGGGAACUAAUAGCAUUGCAGGUGUAUAUGUUCAGUCCACCAAACAGACCAUGAGCAUCUACGAGGCCAAAUCCAAAGGUCUUCUAACUCCUGGAACCUCUCUGGUUCUGCUGGAGGCUCAAGCUGCCACUGGAUUUGUCAUUGACCCAGUGAAGAACAAGAAGCUCUCUGUAGAAGAGGCAGCCGCUCAAGGUGUGGUUGGGAAAGAGUGGAAGAACAAACUGCUUUCAGCAGAGAGGGCAGUCACUGGAUACAAGGAUCCCUACACAGGCAACACAAUUUCCUUGUUCCAGGCCUUGAAAAAGGAUCUAAUUGUCAAGGACCAUGGAAUUCGCCUUCUUGAGGCACAGAUUGCAACUGGUGGAAUCAUCGAUCCAGUGUACAGUCAUAGAGUGCCAGUAGAGGUGGCGUACCAGAGAGGAUACUUUGAUGAGGAAAUGAACCAGAUCCUCGAUGACCCUGACGAUGACACCAAGGGCUUUUUUGACCCCAACACACAAGAGAACCUUACCUACCUGCAGCUUGUGGAGAGGUGUGUGACAGACCCAGAUACUGGCCUUAGCUUACUCGUAAUUGUCAAAAAAGGAGAGUUUUACUUCUUCAUUGAUGAGCAAACCAAGAACAUUCUAAAGGCUAUGACAACAACUAAGGCCGGAGGCAAAUUUCAAGGACAGAAAGUAUCUCUAUGGGAUCUCCUCUACUCAAAAUAUAUCACAGAGGAGAGAAGGAGAGAGCUUGUGCAGCAGUAUAAAUCUGGAGCAAUCACUAUUGAACGCUUCAUGGAGAUUAUCCUAGCAAGUAUUCAACAAAAGACUACCACCACAAUAACCACAACAUCUUCAGUGUCAACAUGCACACCACCACCUGACACAAAGUCAGAGAAAACAACCAUUACCACAACAACAACAGAGACAAGCUUCCAUGGUAUCAGGAAGAAUGUCACCGCUGGCGAGCUGCUUGCCUCAAAAAUCAUUGACAAGAGACUCUAUGAAGACCUCAACACAGGAAAAGUCACAGUGAACCAAGUGAGUGAAAUGGACUCAGUACAAAAGUACUUGGAGGGAACUAAUAGCAUUGCAGGUGUAUAUGUUCAGUCCACCAAACAGACCAUGAGCAUCUACGAGGCCAAAUCCAAAGGUCUUCUAACUCCUGGAACCUCUCUGGUUCUGCUGGAGGCUCAAGCUGCCACUGGAUUUGUCAUUGACCCAGUGAAGAACAAGAAGCUCUCUGUAGAAGAGGCAGCCGCUCAAGGUGUGGUUGGGAACGAGUGGAAGAACAAACUGCUUUCAGCAGAGAGGGCAGUCACUGGAUACAAGGAUCCCUACACAGGCAACACAAUUUCCUUGUUCCAGGCCUUGAAAAAGGAUCUAAUUGUCAAGGACCAUGGAAUUCGCCUUCUUGAGGCACAGAUUGCAACUGGUGGAAUUAUCGAUCCAGUGUACAGUCAUAGAGUGCCAGUAGAGGUGGCGUACCAGAGAGGAUACUUUGAUGAGGAAAUGAACCAGAUCCUCGAUGACCCUGACGAUGACACCAAGGGCUUUUUUGACCCCAACACACAAGAGAACCUUACCUACCUGCAGCUUGUGGAGAGGUGUGUGACAGACCCAGAUACUGGCCUUAGCUUACUCGUAAUUGUCAAAAAAGGAGAGUUUUACUUCUUCAUUGAUGAGCAAACCAAGAACAUUCUAAAGGCUAUGACAACAACUAAGGCCGGAGGCAAAUUUCAAGGACAGAAAGUAUCUCUAUGGGAUCUCCUCUACUCAAAAUAUAUCACAGAGGAGAGAAGGAGAGAGCUUGUGCAGCAGUAUAAAUCUGGAGCAAUCACUAUUGAACGCUUCAUGGAGAUUAUCCUAGCAAGUAUUCAACAAAAGACUACCACCACAAUAACCACAACAUCUUCAGUGUCAACAUGCACACCACCACCUGACACAAAGUCAGAGAAAACAACCAUUACCACAACAACAACAGAGACAAGCUUCCAUGGUAUCAGGAAGAAUGUCACAGCUGGCGAGCUGCUUGCCUCAAAAAUCAUUGACAAGAAACUCUAUGAAGACCUCAACACAGGAAAAGUCACAGUGAACCAAGUGAGUGAAAUGGACUCAGUACACAAGUACUUGGAGGGAACUAAUAGCAUUGCAGGUGUAUAUGUUCAGUCCACCAAACAGACCAUGAGCAUCUACGAGGCCAAAUCCAAAGGUCUUCUAACUCCUGGAACCUCUCUGGUUCUGCUGGAGGCUCAAGCUGCCACUGGAUUUGUCAUUGACCCAGUGAAGAACAAGAAGCUCUCUGUAGAAGAGGCAGCCGCUCAAGGUGUGGUUGGGAACGAGUGGAAGAACAAACUGCUUUCAGCAGAGAGGGCAGUCACUGGAUACAAGGAUCCCUACACAGGCAACACAAUUUCCUUGUUCCAGGCCUUGAAAAAGGAUCUAAUUGUCAAGGACCAUGGAAUUCGCCUUCUUGAGGCACAGAUUGCAACUGGUGGAAUCAUCGAUCCAGUGUACAGUCAUAGAGUGCCAGUAGAGGUGGCGUACCAGAGAGGAUACUUUGAUGAGGAAAUGAACCAGAUCCUCGAUGACCCUGACGAUGACACCAAGGGCUUUUUUGACCCCAACACACAAGAGAACCUUACCUACCUGCAGCUUGUGGAGAGGUGUGUGACAGACCCAGAUACUGGCCUUAGCUUACUCGUAAUUGUCAAAAAAGGAGAGUUUUACUUCUUCAUUGAUGAGCAAACCAAGAACAUUCUAAAGGCUAUGACAACAACUAAGGCCGGAGGCAAAUUUCAAGGACAGAAAGUAUCUCUAUGGGAUCUCCUCUACUCAAAAUAUAUCACAGAGGAGAGAAGGAGAGAGCUUGUGCAGCAGUAUAAAUCUGGAGCAAUCACUAUUGAACGCUUCAUGGAGAUUAUCCUAGCAAGUAUUCAACAAAAGACUACCACCACAAUAACCACAACAUCUUCAGUGUCAACAUGCACACCACCACCUGACACAAAGUCAGAGAAAACAACCAUUACCACAACAACAACAGAGACAAGCUUCCAUGGUAUCAGGAAGAAUGUCACCGCUGGCGAGCUGCUUGCCUCAAAAAUCAUUGACAAGAGACUCUAUGAAGACCUCAACACAGGAAAAGUCACAGUGAACCAAGUGAGUGAAAUGGACUCAGUACAAAAGUACUUGGAGGGAACUAAUAGCAUUGCAGGUGUAUAUGUUCAGUCCACCAAACAGACCAUGAGCAUCUACGAGGCCAAAUCCAAAGGUCUUCUAACUCCUGGAACCUCUCUGGUUCCUGAGGCUCAAGCUGCCACUGGAUUUGUCAUUGACCCAGUGAAGAACAAGAAGCUCUCUGUAGAAGAGGCAGCCGCUCAAGGUGUGGUUGGGAAAGAGUGGAAGAACAAACUGCUUUCAGCAGAGAGGGCAGUCACUGGAUACAAGGAUCCCUACACAGGCAACACAAUUUCCUUGUUCCAGGCCUUGAAAAAGGAUCUAAUUGUCAAGGACCAUGGAAUUCGCCUUCUUGAGGCACAGAUUGCAACUGGUGGAAUCAUCGAUCCAGUGUACAGUCAUAGAGUGCCAGUAGAGGUGGCGUACCAGAGAGGAUACUUUGAUGAGGAAAUGAACCAGAUCCUCGAUGACCCUGACGAUGACACCAAGGGCUUUUUUGACCCCAACACACAAGAGAACCUUACCUACCUGCAGCUUGUGGAGAGGUGUGUGACAGACCCAGAUACUGGCCUUAGCUUACUCGUAAUUGUCAAAAAAGGAGAGUUUUACUUCUUCAUUGAUGAGCAAACCAAGAACAUUCUAAAGGCUAUGACAACAACUAAGGCCGGAGGCAAAUUUCAAGGACAGAAAGUAUCUCUAUGGGAUCUCCUCUACUCAAAAUAUAUCACAGAGGAGAGAAGGAGAGAGCUUGUGCAGCAGUAUAAAUCUGGAGCAAUCACUAUUGAACGCUUCAUGGAGAUUAUCCUAGCAAGUAUUCAACAAAAGACUACCACCACAAUAACCACAACAUCUUCAGUGUCAACAUGCACACCACCACCUGACACAAAGUCAGAGAAAACAACCAUUACCACAACAACAACAGAGACAAGCUUCCAUGGUAUCAGGAAGAAUGUCACCGCUGGCGAGCUGCUUGCCUCAAAAAUCAUUGACAAGAGACUCUAUGAAGACCUCAACACAGGAAAAGUCACAGUGAACCAAGUGAGUGAAAUGGACUCAGUACAAAAGUACUUGGAGGGAACUAAUAGCAUUGCAGGUGUAUAUGUUCAGUCCACCAAACAGACCAUGAGCAUCUACGAGGCCAAAUCCAAAGGUCUUCUAACUCCUGGAACCUCUCUGGUUCUGCUGGAGGCUCAAGCUGCCACUGGAUUUGUCAUUGACCCAGUGAAGAACAAGAAGCUCUCUGUAGAAGAGGCAGCCGCUCAAGGUGUGGUUGGGAACGAGUGGAAGAACAAACUGCUUUCAGCAGAGAGGGCAGUCACUGGAUACAAGGAUCCCUACACAGGCAACACAAUUUCCUUGUUCCAGGCCUUGAAAAAGGAUCUAAUUGUCAAGGACCAUGGAAUUCGCCUUCUUGAGGCACAGAUUGCAACUGGUGGAAUCAUCGAUCCAGUGUACAGUCAUAGAGUGCCAGUAGAGGUGGCGUACCAGAGAGGAUACUUUGAUGAGGAAAUGAACCAGAUCCUCGAUGACCCUGACGAUGACACCAAGGGCUUUUUUGACCCCAACACACAAGAGAACCUUACCUACCUGCAGCUUGUGGAGAGGUGUGUGACAGACCCAGAUACUGGCCUUAGCUUACUCGUAAUUGUCAAAAAAGGAGAGUUUUACUUCUUCAUUGAUGAGCAAACCAAGAACAUUCUAAAGGCUAUGACAACAACUAAGGCCGGAGGCAAAUUUCAAGGACAGAAAGUAUCUCUAUGGGAUCUCCUCUACUCAAAAUAUAUCACAGAGGAGAGAAGGAGAGAGCUUGUGCAGCAGUAUAAAUCUGGAGCAAUCACUAUUGAACGCUUCAUGGAGAUUAUCCUAGCAAGUAUUCAACAAAAGACUACCACCACAAUAACCACAACAUCUUCAGUGUCAACAUGCACACCACCACCUGACACAAAGUCAGAGAAAACAACCAUUACCACAACAACAACAGAGACAAGCUUCCAUGGUAUCAGGAAGAAUGUCACCGCUGGCGAGCUGCUUGCCUCAAAAAUCAUUGACAAGAGACUCUAUGAAGACCUCAACACAGGAAAAGUCACAGUGAACCAAGUGAGUGAAAUGGACUCAGUACAAAAGUACUUGGAGGGAACUAAUAGCAUUGCAGGUGUAUAUGUUCAGUCCACCAAACAGACCAUGAGCAUCUACGAGGCCAAAUCCAAAGGUCUUCUAACUCCUGGAACCUCUCUGGUUCUGCUGGAGGCUCAAGCUGCCACUGGAUUUGUCAUUGACCCAGUGAAGAACAAGAAGCUCUCUGUAGAAGAGGCAGCCGCUCAAGGUGUGGUUGGGAACGAGUGGAAGAACAAACUGCUUUCAGCAGAGAGGGCAGUCACUGGAUACAAGGAUCCCUACACAGGCAACACAAUUUCCUUGUUCCAGGCCUUGAAAAAGGAUCUAAUUGUCAAGGACCAUGGAAUUCGCCUUCUUGAGGCACAGAUUGCAACUGGUGGAAUCAUCGAUCCAGUGUACAGUCAUAGAGUGCCAGUAGAGGUGGCGUACCAGAGAGGAUACUUUGAUGAGGAAAUGAACCAGAUCCUCGAUGACCCUGACGAUGACACCAAGGGCUUUUUUGACCCCAACACACAAGAGAACCUUACCUACCUGCAGCUUGUGGAGAGGUGUGUGACAGACCCAGAUACUGGCCUUAGCUUACUCGUAAUUGUCAAAAAAGGAGAGUUUUACUUCUUCAUUGAUGAGCAAACCAAGAACAUUCUAAAGGCUAUGACAACAACUAAGGCCGGAGGCAAAUUUCAAGGACAGAAAGUAUCUCUAUGGGAUCUCCUCUACUCAAAAUAUAUCACAGAGGAGAGAAGGAGAGAGCUUGUGCAGCAGUAUAAAUCUGGAGCAAUCACUAUUGAACGCUUCAUGGAGAUUAUCCUAGCAAGUAUUCAACAAAAGACUACCACCACAAUAACCACAACAUCUUCAGUGUCAACAUGCACACCACCACCUGACACAAAGUCAGAGAAAACAACCAUUACCACAACAACAACAGAGACAAGCUUCCAUGGUAUCAGGAAGAAUGUCACCGCUGGCGAGCUGCUUGCCUCAAAAAUCAUUGACAAGAGACUCUAUGAAGACCUCAACACAGGAAAAGUCACAGUGAACCAAGUGAGUGAAAUGGACUCAGUACACAAGUACUUGGAGGGAACUAAUAGCAUUGCAGGUGUAUAUGUUCAGUCCACCAAACAGACCAUGAGCAUCUACGAGGCCAAAUCCAAAGGUCUUCUAACUCCUGGAACCUCUCUGGUUCUGCUGGAGGCUCAAGCUGCCACUGGAUUUGUCAUUGACCCAGUGAAGAACAAGAAGCUCUCUGUAGAAGAGGCAGCCGCUCAAGGUGUGGUUGGGAACGAGUGGAAGAACAAACUGCUUUCAGCAGAGAGGGCAGUCACUGGAUACAAGGAUCCCUACACAGGCAACACAAUUUCCUUGUUCCAGGCCUUGAAAAAGGAUCUAAUUGUCAAGGACCAUGGAAUUCGCCUUCUUGAGGCACAGAUUGCAACUGGUGGAAUCAUCGAUCCAGUGUACAGUCAUAGAGUGCCAGUAGAGGUGGCGUACCAGAGAGGAUACUUUGAUGAGGAAAUGAACCAGAUCCUCGAUGACCCUGACGAUGACACCAAGGGCUUUUUUGACCCCAACACACAAGAGAACCUUACCUACCUGCAGCUUGUGGAGAGGUGUGUGACAGACCCAGAUACUGGCCUUAGCUUACUCGUAAUUGUCAAAAAAGGAGAGUUUUACUUCUUCAUUGAUGAGCAAACCAAGAACAUUCUAAAGGCUAUGACAACAACUAAGGCCGGAGGCAAAUUUCAAGGACAGAAAGUAUCUCUAUGGGAUCUCCUCUACUCAAAAUAUAUCACAGAGGAGAGAAGGAGAGAGCUUGUGCAGCAGUAUAAAUCUGGAGCAAUCACUAUUGAACGCUUCAUGGAGAUUAUCCUAGCAAGUAUUCAACAAAAGACUACCACCACAAUAACCACAACAUCUUCAGUGUCAACAUGCACACCACCACCUGACACAAAGUCAGAGAAAACAACCAUUACCACAACAACAACAGAGACAAGCUUCCAUGGUAUCAGGAAGAAUGUCACCGCUGGCGAGCUGCUUGCCUCAAAAAUCAUUGACAAGAGACUCUAUGAAGACCUCAACACAGGAAAAGUCACAGUGAACCAAGUGAGUGAAAUGGACUCAGUACAAAAGUACUUGGAGGGAACUAAUAGCAUUGCAGGUGUAUAUGUUCAGUCCACCAAACAGACCAUGAGCAUCUACGAGGCCAAAUCCAAAGGUCUUCUAACUCCUGGAACCUCUCUGGUUCUGCUGGAGGCUCAAGCUGCCACUGGAUUUGUCAUUGACCCAGUGAAGAACAAGAAGCUCUCUGUAGAAGAGGCAGCCGCUCAAGGUGUGGUUGGGAACGAGUGGAAGAACAAACUGCUUUCAGCAGAGAGGGCAGUCACUGGAUACAAGGAUCCCUACACAGGCAACACAAUUUCCUUGUUCCAGGCCUUGAAAAAGGAUCUAAUUGUCAAGGACCAUGGAAUUCGCCUUCUUGAGGCACAGAUUGCAACUGGUGGAAUCAUCGAUCCAGUGUACAGUCAUAGAGUGCCAGUAGAGGUGGCGUACCAGAGAGGAUACUUUGAUGAGGAAAUGAACCAGAUCCUCGAUGACCCUGACGAUGACACCAAGGGCUUUUUUGACCCCAACACACAAGAGAACCUUACCUACCUGCAGCUUGUGGAGAGGUGUGUGACAGACCCAGAUACUGGCCUUAGCUUACUCGUAAUUGUCAAAAAAGGAGAGUUUUACUUCUUCAUUGAUGAGCAAACCAAGAACAUUCUAAAGGCUAUGACAACAACUAAGGCCGGAGGCAAAUUUCAAGGACAGAAAGUAUCUCUAUGGGAUCUCCUCUACUCAAAAUAUAUCACAGAGGAGAGAAGGAGAGAGCUUGUGCAGCAGUAUAAAUCUGGAGCAAUCACUAUUGAACGCUUCAUGGAGAUUAUCCUAGCAAGUAUUCAACAAAAGACUACCACCACAAUAACCACAACAUCUUCAGUGUCAACAUGCACACCACCACCUGACACAAAGUCAGAGAAAACAACCAUUACCACAACAACAACAGAGACAAGCUUCCAUGGUAUCAGGAAGAAUGUCACCGCUGGCGAGCUGCUUGCCUCAAAAAUCAUUGACAAGAAACUCUAUGAAGACCUCAACACAGGAAAAGUCACAGUGAACCAAGUGAGUGAAAUGGACUCAGUACACAAGUACUUGGAGGGAACUAAUAGCAUUGCAGGUGUAUAUGUUCAGUCCACCAAACAGACCAUGAGCAUCUACGAGGCCAAAUCCAAAGGUCUUCUAACUCCUGGAACCUCUCUGGUUCUGCUGGAGGCUCAAGCUGCCACUGGAUUUGUCAUUGACCCAGUGAAGAACAAGAAGCUCUCUGUAGAAGAGGCAGCCGCUCAAGGUGUGGUUGGGAACGAGUGGAAGAACAAACUGCUUUCAGCAGAGAGGGCAGUCACUGGAUACAAGGAUCCCUACACAGGCAACACAAUUUCCUUGUUCCAGGCCUUGAAAAAGGAUCUAAUUGUCAAGGACCAUGGAAUUCGCCUUCUUGAGGCACAGAUUGCAACUGGUGGAAUCAUCGAUCCAGUGUACAGUCAUAGAGUGCCAGUAGAGGUGGCGUACCAGAGAGGAUACUUUGAUGAGGAAAUGAACCAGAUCCUCGAUGACCCUGACGAUGACACCAAGGGCUUUUUUGACCCCAACACACAAGAGAACCUUACCUACCUGCAGCUUGUGGAGAGGUGUGUGACAGACCCAGAUACUGGCCUUAGCUUACUCGUAAUUGUCAAAAAAGGAGAGUUUUACUUCUUCAUUGAUGAGCAAACCAAGAACAUUCUAAAGGCUAUGACAACAACUAAGGCCGGAGGCAAAUUUCAAGGACAGAAAGUAUCUCUAUGGGAUCUCCUCUACUCAAAAUAUAUCACAGAGGAGAGAAGGAGAGAGCUUGUGCAGCAGUAUAAAUCUGGAGCAAUCACUAUUGAACGCUUCAUGGAGAUUAUCCUAGCAAGUAUUCAACAAAAGACUACCACCACAAUAACCACAACAUCUUCAGUGUCAACAUGCACACCACCACCUGACACAAAGUCAGAGAAAACAACCAUUACCACAACAACAACAGAGACAAGCUUCCAUGGUAUCAGGAAGAAUGUCACCGCUGGCGAGCUGCUUGCCUCAAAAAUCAUUGACAAGAGACUCUAUGAAGACCUCAACACAGGAAAAGUCACAGUGAACCAAGUGAGUGAAAUGGACUCAGUACACAAGUACUUGGAGGGAACUAAUAGCAUUGCAGGUGUAUAUGUUCAGUCCACCAAACAGACCAUGAGCAUCUACGAGGCCAAAUCCAAAGGUCUUCUAACUCCUGGAACCUCUCUGGUUCUGCUGGAGGCUCAAGCUGCCACUGGAUUUGUCAUUGACCCAGUGAAGAACAAGAAGCUCUCUGUAGAAGAGGCAGCCGCUCAAGGUGUGGUUGGGAACGAGUGGAAGAACAAACUGCUUUCAGCAGAGAGGGCAGUCACUGGAUACAAGGAUCCCUACACAGGCAACACAAUUUCCUUGUUCCAGGCCUUGAAAAAGGAUCUAAUUGUCAAGGACCAUGGAAUUCGCCUUCUUGAGGCACAGAUUGCAACUGGUGGAAUCAUCGAUCCAGUGUACAGUCAUAGAGUGCCAGUAGAGGUGGCGUACCAGAGAGGAUACUUUGAUGAGGAAAUGAACCAGAUCCUCGAUGACCCUGACGAUGACACCAAGGGCUUUUUUGACCCCAACACACAAGAGAACCUUACCUACCUGCAGCUUGUGGAGAGGUGUGUGACAGACCCAGAUACUGGCCUUAGCUUACUCGUAAUUGUCAAAAAAGGAGAGUUUUACUUCUUCAUUGAUGAGCAAACCAAGAACAUUCUAAAGGCUAUGACAACAACUAAGGCCGGAGGCAAAUUUCAAGGACAGAAAGUAUCUCUAUGGGAUCUCCUCUACUCAAAAUAUAUCACAGAGGAGAGAAGGAGAGAGCUUGUGCAGCAGUAUAAAUCUGGAGCAAUCACUAUUGAACGCUUCAUGGAGAUUAUCCUAGCAAGUAUUCAACAAAAGACUACCACCACAAUAACCACAACAUCUUCAGUGUCAACAUGCACACCACCACCUGACACAAAGUCAGAGAAAACAACCAUUACCACAACAACAACAGAGACAAGCUUCCAUGGUAUCAGGAAGAAUGUCACCGCUGGCGAGCUGCUUGCCUCAAAAAUCAUUGACAAGAGACUCUAUGAAGACCUCAACACAGGAAAAGUCACAGUGAACCAAGUGAGUGAAAUGGACUCAGUACAAAAGUACUUGGAGGGAACUAAUAGCAUUGCAGGUGUAUAUGUUCAGUCCACCAAACAGACCAUGAGCAUCUACGAGGCCAAAUCCAAAGGUCUUCUAACUCCUGGAACCUCUCUGGUUCUGCUGGAGGCUCAAGCUGCCACUGGAUUUGUCAUUGACCCAGUGAAGAACAAGAAGCUCUCUGUAGAAGAGGCAGCCGCUCAAGGUGUGGUUGGGAACGAGUGGAAGAACAAACUGCUUUCAGCAGAGAGGGCAGUCACUGGAUACAAGGAUCCCUACACAGGCAACACAAUUUCCUUGUUCCAGGCCUUGAAAAAGGAUCUAAUUGUCAAGGACCAUGGAAUUCGCCUUCUUGAGGCACAGAUUGCAACUGGUGGAAUCAUCGAUCCAGUGUACAGUCAUAGAGUGCCAGUAGAGGUGGCGUACCAGAGAGGAUACUUUGAUGAGGAAAUGAACCAGAUCCUCGAUGACCCUGACGAUGACACCAAGGGCUUUUUUGACCCCAACACACAAGAGAACCUUACCUACCUGCAGCUUGUGGAGAGGUGUGUGACAGACCCAGAUACUGGCCUUAGCUUACUCGUAAUUGUCAAAAAAGGAGAGUUUUACUUCUUCAUUGAUGAGCAAACCAAGAACAUUCUAAAGGCUAUGACAACAACUAAGGCCGGAGGCAAAUUUCAAGGACAGAAAGUAUCUCUAUGGGAUCUCCUCUACUCAAAAUAUAUCACAGAGGAGAGAAGGAGAGAGCUUGUGCAGCAGUAUAAAUCUGGAGCAAUCACUAUUGAACGCUUCAUGGAGAUUAUCCUAGCAAGUAUUCAACAAAAGACUACCACCACAAUAACCACAACAUCUUCAGUGUCAACAUGCACACCACCACCUGACACAAAGUCAGAGAAAACAACCAUUACCACAACAACAACAGAGACAAGCUUCCAUGGUAUCAGGAAGAAUGUCACCGCUGGCGAGCUGCUUGCCUCAAAAAUCAUUGACAAGAGACUCUAUGAAGACCUCAACACAGGAAAAGUCACAGUGAACCAAGUGAGUGAAAUGGACUCAGUACACAAGUACUUGGAGGGAACUAAUAGCAUUGCAGGUGUAUAUGUUCAGUCCACCAAACAGACCAUGAGCAUCUACGAGGCCAAAUCCAAAGGUCUUCUAACUCCUGGAACCUCUCUGGUUCUGCUGGAGGCUCAAGCUGCCACUGGAUUUGUCAUUGACCCAGUGAAGAACAAGAAGCUCUCUGUAGAAGAGGCAGCCGCUCAAGGUGUGGUUGGGAACGAGUGGAAGAACAAACUGCUUUCAGCAGAGAGGGCAGUCACUGGAUACAAGGAUCCCUACACAGGCAACACAAUUUCCUUGUUCCAGGCCUUGAAAAAGGAUCUAAUUGUCAAGGACCAUGGAAUUCGCCUUCUUGAGGCACAGAUUGCAACUGGUGGAAUCAUCGAUCCAGUGUACAGUCAUAGAGUGCCAGUAGAGGUGGCGUACCAGAGAGGAUACUUUGAUGAGGAAAUGAACCAGAUCCUCGAUGACCCUGACGAUGACACCAAGGGCUUUUUUGACCCCAACACACAAGAGAACCUUACCUACCUGCAGCUUGUGGAGAGGUGUGUGACAGACCCAGAUACUGGCCUUAGCUUACUCGUAAUUGUCAAAAAAGGAGAGUUUUACUUCUUCAUUGAUGAGCAAACCAAGAACAUUCUAAAGGCUAUGACAACAACUAAGGCCGGAGGCAAAUUUCAAGGACAGAAAGUAUCUCUAUGGGAUCUCCUCUACUCAAAAUAUAUCACAGAGGAGAGAAGGAGAGAGCUUGUGCAGCAGUAUAAAUCUGGAGCAAUCACUAUUGAACGCUUCAUGGAGAUUAUCCUAGCAAGUAUUCAACAAAAGACUACCACCACAAUAACCACAACAUCUUCAGUGUCAACAUGCACACCACCACCUGACACAAAGUCAGAGAAAACAACCAUUACCACAACAACAACAGAGACAAGCUUCCAUGGUAUCAGGAAGAAUGUCACCGCUGGCGAGCUGCUUGCCUCAAAAAUCAUUGACAAGAGACUCUAUGAAGACCUCAACACAGGAAAAGUCACAGUGAACCAAGUGAGUGAAAUGGACUCAGUACAAAAGUACUUGGAGGGAACUAAUAGCAUUGCAGGUGUAUAUGUUCAGUCCACCAAACAGACCAUGAGCAUCUACGAGGCCAAAUCCAAAGGUCUUCUAACUCCUGGAACCUCUCUGGUUCUGCUGGAGGCUCAAGCUGCCACUGGAUUUGUCAUUGACCCAGUGAAGAACAAGAAGCUCUCUGUAGAAGAGGCAGCCGCUCAAGGUGUGGUUGGGAACGAGUGGAAGAACAAACUGCUUUCAGCAGAGAGGGCAGUCACUGGAUACAAGGAUCCCUACACAGGCAACACAAUUUCCUUGUUCCAGGCCUUGAAAAAGGAUCUAAUUGUCAAGGACCAUGGAAUUCGCCUUCUUGAGGCACAGAUUGCAACUGGUGGAAUCAUCGAUCCAGUGUACAGUCAUAGAGUGCCAGUAGAGGUGGCGUACCAGAGAGGAUACUUUGAUGAGGAAAUGAACCAGAUCCUCGAUGACCCUGACGAUGACACCAAGGGCUUUUUUGACCCCAACACACAAGAGAACCUUACCUACCUGCAGCUUGUGGAGAGGUGUGUGACAGACCCAGAUACUGGCCUUAAACUCGUAAUUGUCAAAAAAGGAGAGUUUUACUUCUUCAUUGAUGAGCAAACCAAGAACAUUCUAAAGGCUAUGACAACAACUAAGGCCGGAGGCAAAUUUCAAGGACAGAAAGUAUCUCUAUGGGAUCUCCUCUACUCAAAAUAUAUCACAGAGGAGAGAAGGAGAGAGCUUGUGCAGCAGUAUAAAUCUGGAGCAAUCACUAUUGAACGCUUCAUGGAGAUUAUCCUAGCAAGUAUUCAACAAAAGACUACCACCACAAUAACCACAACAUCUUCAGUGUCAACAUGCACACCACCACCUGACACAAAGUCAGAGAAAACAACCAUUACCACAACAACAACAGAGACAAGCUUCCAUGGUAUCAGGAAGAAUGUCACCGCUGGCGAGCUGCUUGCCUCAAAAAUCAUUGACAAGAGACUCUAUGAAGACCUCAACACAGGAAAAGUCACAGUGAACCAAGUGAGUGAAAUGGACUCAGUACAAAAGUACUUGGAGGGAACUAAUAGCAUUGCAGGUGUAUAUGUUCAGUCCACCAAACAGACCAUGAGCAUCUACGAGGCCAAAUCCAAAGGUCUUCUAACUCCUGGAACCUCUCUGGUUCUGCUGGAGGCUCAAGCUGCCACUGGAUUUGUCAUUGACCCAGUGAAGAACAAGAAGCUCUCUGUAGAAGAGGCAGCCGCUCAAGGUGUGGUUGGGAACGAGUGGAAGAACAAACUGCUUUCAGCAGAGAGGGCAGUCACUGGAUACAAGGAUCCCUACACAGGCAACACAAUUUCCUUGUUCCAGGCCUUGAAAAAGGAUCUAAUUGUCAAGGACCAUGGAAUUCGCCUUCUUGAGGCACAGAUUGCAACUGGUGGAAUCAUCGAUCCAGUGUACAGUCAUAGAGUGCCAGUAGAGGUGGCGUACCAGAGAGGAUACUUUGAUGAGGAAAUGAACCAGAUCCUCGAUGACCCUGACGAUGACACCAAGGGCUUUUUUGACCCCAACACACAAGAGAACCUUACCUACCUGCAGCUUGUGGAGAGGUGUGUGACAGACCCAGAUACUGGCCUUAGCUUACUCGUAAUUGUCAAAAAAGGAGAGUUUUACUUCUUCAUUGAUGAGCAAACCAAGAACAUUCUAAAGGCUAUGACAACAACUAAGGCCGGAGGCAAAUUUCAAGGACAGAAAGUAUCUCUAUGGGAUCUCCUCUACUCAAAAUAUAUCACAGAGGAGAGAAGGAGAGAGCUUGUGCAGCAGUAUAAAUCUGGAGCAAUCACUAUUGAACGCUUCAUGGAGAUUAUCCUAGCAAGUAUUCAACAAAAGACUACCACCACAAUAACCACAACAUCUUCAGUGUCAACAUGCACACCACCACCUGACACAAAGUCAGAGAAAACAACCAUUACCAUAACAACAACAGAGACAAGCUUCCAUGGUAUCAGGAAGAAUGUCACUGCUGGCGAGCUGCUUGCCUCAAAAAUCAUUGACAAGAAACUCUAUGAAGACCUCAACACAGGAAAAGUCACAGUGAACCAAGUGAGUGAAAUGGACUCAGUACAAAAGUACUUGGAGGGAACUAAUAGCAUUGCAGGUGUAUAUGUUCAGUCCACCAAACAGACCAUGAGCAUCUACGAGGCCAAAUCCAAAGGUCUUCUAACUCCUGGAACCUCUCUGGUUCUGCUGGAGGCUCAAGCUGCCACUGGAUUUGUCAUUGACCCAGUGAAGAACAAGAAGCUCUCUGUAGAAGAGGCAGCCGCUCAAGGUGUGGUUGGGAACGAGUGGAAGAACAAACUGCUUUCAGCAGAGAGGGCAGUCACUGGAUACAAGGAUCCCUACACAGGCAACACAAUUUCCUUGUUCCAGGCCUUGAAAAAGGAUCUAAUUGUCAAGGACCAUGGAAUUCGCCUUCUUGAGGCACAGAUUGCAACUGGUGGAAUCAUCGAUCCAGUGUACAGUCAUAGAGUGCCAGUAGAGGUGGCGUACCAGAGAGGAUACUUUGAUGAGGAAAUGAACCAGAUCCUCGAUGACCCUGACGAUGACACCAAGGGCUUUUUUGACCCCAACACACAAGAGAACCUUACCUACCUGCAGCUUGUGGAGAGGUGUGUGACAGACCCAGAUACUGGCCUUAGCUUACUCGUAAUUGAAAAAGGAGAGUUUUACUUCUUCAUUGAUGAGCAAACCAAGAACAUUCUAAAGGCUAUGACAACAACUAAGGCCGGAGGCAAAUUUCAAGGACAGAAAGUAUCUCUAUGGGAUCUCCUCUACUCAAAAUAUAUCACAGAGGAGAGAAGGAGAGAGCUUGUGCAGCAGUAUAAAUCUGGAGCAAUCACUAUUGAACGCUUCAUGGAGAUUAUCCUAGCAAGUAUUCAACAAAAGACUACCACCACAAUAACCACAACAUCUUCAGUGUCAACAUGCACACCACCACCUGACACAAAGUCAGAGAAAACAACCAUUACCACAACAACAACAGAGACAAGCUUCCAUGGUAUCAGGAAGAAUGUCACCGCUGGCGAGCUGCUUGCCUCAAAAAUCAUUGACAAGAGACUCUAUGAAGACCUCAACACAGGAAAAGUCACAGUGAACCAAGUGAGUGAAAUGGACUCAGUACAAAAGUACUUGGAGGGAACUAAUAGCAUUGCAGGUGUAUAUGUUCAGUCCACCAAACAGACCAUGAGCAUCUACGAGGCCAAAUCCAAAGGUCUUCUAACUCCUGGAACCUCUCUGGUUCUGCUGGAGGCUCAAGCUGCCACUGGAUUUGUCAUUGACCCAGUGAAGAACAAGAAGCUCUCUGUAGAAGAGGCAGCCGCUCAAGGUGUGGUUGGGAACGAGUGGAAGAACAAACUGCUUUCAGCAGAGAGGGCAGUCACUGGAUACAAGGAUCCCUACACAGGCAACACAAUUUCCUUGUUCCAGGCCUUGAAAAAGGAUCUAAUUGUCAAGGACCAUGGAAUUCGCCUUCUUGAGGCACAGAUUGCAACUGGUGGAAUCAUCGAUCCAGUGUACAGUCAUAGAGUGCCAGUAGAGGUGGCGUACCAGAGAGGAUACUUUGAUGAGGAAAUGAACCAGAUCCUCGAUGACCCUGACGAUGACACCAAGGUUUUUGACCCCAACACACAAGAGAACCUUACCUACCUGCAGCUUGUGGAGAGGUGUGUGACAGACCCAGAUACUGGCCUUAGCUUACUCGUAAUUGUCAAAAAAGGAGAGUUUUACUUCUUCAUUGAUGAGCAAACCAAGAACAUUCUAAAGGCUAUGACAACAACUAAGGCCGGAGGCAAAUUUCAAGGACAGAAAGUAUCUCUAUGGGAUCUCCUCUACUCAAAAUAUAUCACAGAGGAGAGAAGGAGAGAGCUUGUGCAGCAGUAUAAAUCUGGAGCAAUCACUAUUGAACGCUUCAUGGAGAUUAUCCUAGCAAGUAUUCAACAAAAGACUACCACCACAAUAACCACAACAUCUUCAGUGUCAACAUGCACACCACCACCUGACACAAAGUCAGAGAAAACAACCAUUACCACAACAACAACAGAGACAAGCUUCCAUGGUAUCAGGAAGAAUGUCACCGCUGGCGAGCUGCUUGCCUCAAAAAUCAUUGACAAGAAACUCUAUGAAGACCUCAACACAGGAAAAGUCACAGUGAACCAAGUGAGUGAAAUGGACUCAGUACACAAGUACUUGGAGGGAACUAAUAGCAUUGCAGGUGUAUAUGUUCAGUCCACCAAACAGACCAUGAGCAUCUACGAGGCCAAAUCCAAAGGUCUUCUAACUCCUGGAACCUCUCUGGUUCUGCUGGAGGCUCAAGCUGCCACUGGAUUUGUCAUUGACCCAGUGAAGAACAAGAAGCUCUCUGUAGAAGAGGCAGCCGCUCAAGGUGUGGUUGGGAACGAGUGGAAGAACAAACUGCUUUCAGCAGAGAGGGCAGUCACUGGAUACAAGGAUCCCUACACAGGCAACACAAUUUCCUUGUUCCAGGCCUUGAAAAAGGAUCUAAUUGUCAAGGACCAUGGAAUUCGCCUUCUUGAGGCACAGAUUGCAACUGGUGGAAUCAUCGAUCCAGUGUACAGUCAUAGAGUGCCAGUAGAGGUGGCGUACCAGAGAGGAUACUUUGAUGAGGAAAUGAACCAGAUCCUCGAUGACCCUGACGAUGACACCAAGGUUUUUGACCCCAACACACAAGAGAACCUUACCUACCUGCAGCUUGUGGAGAGGUGUGUGACAGACCCAGAUACUGGCCUUAGCUUACUCGUAAUUGUCAAAAAAGGAGAGUUUUACUUCUUCAUUGAUGAGCAAACCAAGAACAUUCUAAAGGCUAUGACAACAACUAAGGCCGGAGGCAAAUUUCAAGGACAGAAAGUAUCUCUAUGGGAUCUCCUCUACUCAAAAUAUAUCACAGAGGAGAGAAGGAGAGAGCUUGUGCAGCAGUAUAAAUCUGGAGCAAUCACUAUUGAACGCUUCAUGGAGAUUAUCCUAGCAAGUAUUCAACAAAAGACUACCACCACAAUAACCACAACAUCUUCAGUGUCAACAUGCACACCACCACCUGACACAAAGUCAGAGAAAACAACCAUUACCACAACAACAACAGAGACAAGCUUCCAUGGUAUCAGGAAGAAUGUCACCGCUGGCGAGCUGCUUGCCUCAAAAAUCAUUGACAAGAAACUCUAUGAAGACCUCAACACAGGAAAAGUCACAGUGAACCAAGUGAGUGAAAUGGACUCAGUACACAAGUACUUGGAGGGAACUAAUAGCAUUGCAGGUGUAUAUGUUCAGUCCACCAAACAGACCAUGAGCAUCUAUGAGGCCAAAUCCAAAGGUCUUCUAACUCCUGGAACCUCUCUGGUUCUGCUGGAGGCUCAAGCUGCCACUGGAUUUGUCAUUGACCCAGUGAAGAACAAGAAGCUCUCUGUAGAAGAGGCAGCCGCUCAAGGUGUGGUUGGGAACGAGUGGAAGAACAAACUGCUUUCAGCAGAGAGGGCAGUCACUGGAUACAAGGAUCCCUACACAGGCAACACAAUUUCCUUGUUCCAGGCCUUGAAAAAGGAUCUAAUUGUCAAGGACCAUGGAAUUCGCCUUCUUGAGGCACAGAUUGCAACUGGUGGAAUCAUCGAUCCAGUGUACAGUCAUAGAGUGCCAGUAGAGGUGGCGUACCAGAGAGGAUACUUUGAUGAGGAAAUGAACCAGAUCCUCGAUGACCCUGACGAUGACACCAAGGGCUUUUUUGACCCCAACACACAAGAGAACCUCACCUACUUGCAGCUUCUGGAGAGGUGUGUGAGGGACCCAGACAGUGGUCUUAGCUUUCUGUCUCUGAAUAAAUGAGCUCAUACGGAUUUGUCGUAAAAUUGUUUUCAAAGAUGUGCAGAUGUUUUAUCUUUAUUUUAUCACAUAUAAAUGCUUUCUUUGUUGAUGUUUGGCGAAUUAUUCUGAAUUGAAUAUAAUAAAAAGCCAUUUUUUAAGUGAA